GAAUUCACAGCACAGAGUGGAGGUACAUUUGCUGGAACACCUUGCUAUAUGAGUCCAAAAGUACUGCAGGAGCAACGCUAUAACGAAAAAACAGACAUCUGGAGCUUGGGCUGUGUGUUUCAUCAAACGCUUUCCAGAACAGCCCCCUUUACAUAUGGCAAUUUGUUGGCAGUAGUUUCUGGGCCAACUCCUGGCCUGCCAGUGAAUUACAGCACCGAUACAAGAAACCUUGUAUUCGUCGUGCUCGACAGGAACCAAGAUACCCGCCCUAAUGCACAGUGGAUCUUUCAGAGUGUUUUAGGUUUGCUGGCCAACAGGGGACUAGGGUAUCAGCGACAUUUGUACUCACCUAUAGGAAGGUUGAAUAUUGAUGCCAAGGCUGUGGGUCAGGCUGUGACUGAAUAUACGAGUUCUGCUACAUUCGUCCCAACAGAGGACGCAGUCAGCAUGGAAGUUACAAGAUACAUCAGCAAACAUAAAAACAAAAAGAGUUGUUGUUCGAUUCAGUGAAUCUUUCAGGAAAUAUGCAGGGCGUUUCAAACCCAAAUAAUGUAUCGAUAACUGGAUGACUUCAUCGCCAUAUCAUAAUUUUUAGUCAUUUCAUUCACAGCCAUUUUAUCUUUCAGUUACAACUAUAUACGAAACAGCCAACUUACAAGUGCAUUAUUUCAUUAGGUCAUUUGUCAUUAUACUUCUUAUUUAAUUUUCAAAUUCCUACUAAAUAUAAAACAUUAAAAGAAAGUAGUAAAAAC